AUGAGCGAUGUCCCAACAUUCAUCACAUUCGCUGGCGCCGGCCUCUUCUCCGGUGCGAACGGUACUGUGUGUCAUUCAAGCGUGUCUACUGGCGGAGAAUUAGACACCUUCUACUGGAGCUCCGUCACGCAGCGUCAAUAUCAGGUCUCUUCCGCUGGAACGCCCGCUGCCAACGGUGCGAGGGAUCCCUCCGCUGCUUUGACGCUUUACGAAAACCUUCAGGGACUGAGUUUGCCGGUGCUGUUUGAUGGUGCUUAUGACUGCACGCUUGAGGGCAAGGCUAAAGGGUCCUCGGUGGUUAACGUCAAUGCGGAUGGAACCCUUGAUGUGUCUUGUCUUACAGUGCUGCCGAUGUAUUUGCCGAAGAAUACUGCGUGUCCUGAGGGGGCGGUGACGGUGGAUGGGAAUUGUCCGUUUGGGUGUGAGAGGUAA